AUGAAGGUCUUUCUCCUCGCCUGCCUUGUGGCACUUGCUCUUGCAAGACAGACUUCAGAGAGCCUGUCCAACAGCCAGGAGAAACUCCAGAAGGCUAAACAUGUGGAACAGCAACAAGUAGAGGAUGAGCUCCAGGAUAAAAUCCAUCCCUUCAUCCAGUCUCAGCCCCUCACCUUUCCGUUCACUCAGCCCAUCCCCUGCACUCCCCUUGCCCAAAACAUCGUGCCUGCUGCCCAGCCUGCAGUGGUCCCUCCUUUCCUGCCCGUCCUUUCUCCUGAAGUACAAGAAGCCAAGGCUAAGUUAGACACCAUCCUUUCCAAGCACAGCCAGAUGCCCUUCCUUAACUCUGAGACUGUGCUCCGUCUCUUUGACUCUCCAAUCCCCAACCUCACUGAUCUCAAAAACCAGCACCUGGCUCAGUCUCUGCUCCAGUCCCUGGUCCACCAGGCCCCCCAGGCUAUUCCUCAGACCCCUGUGGCCCUCUCUCAGCCCCAGCUGUCUGUCCCUCAGUCCAAGGUGCUUCUUCUUCCCCAGCAAGUGAUCCCCUUUCCCCAGAGAGACAUGGCUAGCCAAGACCUUCUCCAGCUCCUCCAGCUUCUGUCUAACCCCACCAGCCAGUUCCCCGCCACUCAACCUGUGGACCCCGUUGUAAGUCCAACUUUACUCACUUUUGGGUUUCACCCGGGCUGUGACUAUGACGUUAGAAUAAAUGCAAGCUGUAGAGUGAAAUAA